AAACUAUUUUUAUAUACGCAAUUAUUGUUUCCAUACUAAUAAAUGAUUCAAAGGUGUUUUUAAACACGCUAUUUCUAUGGCCAUUGUUAAAAAUAAUUAAUGUAAACAUUUCUAGUAGUAAUCAGCUAAUGACAUCAUUGCCCAAUCACGUAAACACUGGUACAAUAGCGAUUGCACAAAGAGAAAGCCCGCAUUUGUCAUUUCCAAUCAGAAUAUGAACUAGUUUAUUAUUGAUGUUAACAAUAACAUCGUUAUUGUCGUUGAAAACAUCUGCAUAGGCCGAGAAAUGUUGUGGUAGCCGUUAACUUAUCACGUUAACGGGAUCGUUUCUUGUCGCAGUCUGAUCACCACCACUAGCUUCAAUACGGUCUAGUCAAUAUCAUGUACUCACUUUUAUUAUGGCCAUAUAAAGAUAUAUAAUAAACAGUUACCCCGGAAGAUAUUUAGUAUUUAAAAUGAACUGGUGAACGGAUACCAGUUUAUCUGAUCUUUCCGUGAUUUGUAAUUGAAACGAUUUAUUGACGGUUUCUAAAAAAAGUUAAUAGUAACGCCAUUUUUCAGCGAUUGGAUUUGGAUUUUCUGAUAAGACAUGGUAUCGAUUGAAAAAGUAUUGUUAACAUUUUCUAAUUUGCUUGGUGCUCUACAUCUUUUUGUAUCUUAAUUUAUUUAAUGUUAAACAAAUUACAAUUUCAAGCUACAAGUUUAUAGGCAAGUAAAUUGAUUGUGCAGGCCUCCUUCCGCGGAACAAAUUAUUCGCUACGCGUUCAUUGUUUCGCAAGGCGCAUGCUCUGAUUGCAACCACACACAAACGCUAUCUCGCGUUUUGCAACUCCACCACUGCACCAUAAACGAUUCCAUGCAAACCGUUCUGUUGCACCAAACGGUUAUCCACUCUAUAUCCCAUAAAAAAGACACUGAACUAAAAAGUUUCCACAAAGCCUAACUGGUUUCAUUGCACAACUUCAGCUAAUUGCUAUUUGCUGUAAUUAUUUAAUGACAAUGUUUUCAUUUCAUUUGGUCACCUUAUAUAAGAAUGCUGAAGCUAUCAGUCAUUAUUAAUAUCCAAUUACUCAACUUUAGCACAUCGUUUCUAUAAAUUAUUACUGGCUCUACUAAUCCUUCUGUUGCGAAACGCUAGAAAUAUCGAACUGCGUUAGCGGAGCAUAACUAUCUGAAACGUAAACCAGAGUGCAUUAACCACAACCAAUGUCAACAUAAUUCUUCGAAUUGUGAUUAUUCGGUACGAUUGCAAUAACUCGGUUAGCAUUGAAACUGUGAAAAAUAAGCGCGCACCGGUCGACCCUGAGCCGUCCAGUCUCGCAGCUGCCGGCGACUUCGUUCGUUUUUUUCUGUAACUCGACCGCGUAACUGGCCAAGAUUUAAUAAGGAAACUGAUAUCAGAUGCCAACGCAUCUUGCUGACAUUCAACAAUACGAAACAUAUCACUGUGUCUACAGAUGGAAGCGAAUCCUCGAGUGACGUGCAAUCGUGCGAGUGAAGUGAAGUGACAAAGUGAAAAUAAGUGAUGAUGAAAAAUGGUAUCGGAAAGGCCCCCGGUGAACGGAGGAGUCGGCCCGCCGACGAGGCCGCGGACUAUUCGGAGGAAUUGUGGCGAUCAAGUGUUCAUAACGUCCCCGUCUACUGUGUACAUCGACACGAGCGUCAAGUCCUCGUACUACAGCCAGAACGACGAAGAUGCGCAGCGCCUCACUCCGAAGAGCAACUUGGAAGAUAGGGUGAGGCUGAUCGAGGUCCUGGAGCACAAAUGCUGGCUCAGCUUCAGGACUGUCCUGCGCGAUGGAGAAAUCGAAAUCCAAGAUCUCAUUGCAUUUAUCGGUAAUUCUAAAACUCUUUUUACGUAACAGAAAAUUGG